AUGAGCGAGAAGCAGGCCAAUUCCAACAUCAAGAGCCCUUUGCCAUCUAAGGCUUUGAAGAAUCCUCUUUUACAGAGCGUUAGGAUGGCAAGUGACAAGAGAUCUGCAAGCAAUGCAGAAUUGAGCGUGAAGAAGACGAAAUUAUCGAAUGGUUUGAAUGGCAUUGGAUCGAAUGAGGAUGGUUUGUCCAACAGAGCUAGGUCUACGACACCUACACUCAUGUAUAAAGUUUUGGAAGGGAGCUAUAUGAAGGAACGUCUAGCACAUUAUGGCCUUGAUUUUGACGAAGAUGUGGAAAAGCAUAGGGCGAAUAUCCAUGAUCCAACAUCGCGAUUUUUCGGUAGGCGGGUGAAGCCAGCGGUAGAACUAGAAGAUCUUCUACCUUAUGAUAUCGAGUCGCACUUGGACCAGGCGAAGUAUCUCUAUCAUAUACUCACCAAUUUAUACGUUGCAAUCAAGUCAAUGGAUGUACAGGGUCUUAUUAGUAUUACCAGUAAGGAUUUACUAGCAUUAAAGAAUGAAGUUUACGAUUUGGCAUUGAAUUCCGAUAUGUUUAGAUUGAUACAAGAUGUAGCGGAUGAUCCACAUGAUGUGGCAAACUUUGAUGAGGACGAUGAGAAUGAUUCAAUGGAACUACUAGAGGAAAAUGAGUUCUUAGAUGCUGCCGAUCCAGAUUUCGGAGUUUCAGGAAAGAUAACCGCGAGAUCGGCAGCAGUUAUUAACGUCAACCACUGGACAAAUGAACUAAAGAAUUGUAUGCAUUUUGAAUUCCCACUUACGUUGCGUAAGGCACUAGCUGUUGUGUAUUACAACCUUUGUCUUGUUAGAGGUCAGAAAGUUUAUAGACAACUCCAUUUGGAGAUGUUUGAGAAAUUAGUUUCUACAGGAGACGAAGGUACUGAUUUUACUCAAGAGUUGAUAAAGAUUGGUAUGGUAUUAGACUAUAAACCGAUGAAGGACUUAUUGAAUGAAUUUUUACCAACUACAGAACCUGACUAUAAGAUGUACGAUAUCGAGAAUAAAAGCGACUUAUCAUUGUUCAGACUAUUGGUGAUGUUAUCAUCAAUGGCUAGGCCAUUUUUUGAUCCCAAUGAUCCAAAUAUACUGACGGAUACUAUGGAUUACUUCUUAGCAUCUAUAUCGCCACAAACGAUGUCAGUAGCCCUACCGUCGCUCUCAUGUUUAGUACCGUUCCAUUAUCACAAGGAUAGAAAAGUCCUAGAUUAUUUCCCAGUACUAUUUUCUUUAUGGUCUAACACGAGUGCUGAUAAUAGCUUUGACACUCAUUUGUAUGCUUUUGUCGGCCAUGUUGCCAUGGAUGCUUAUUAUCAAUAUAUCCAGCAAGCGAAUCCACGUAUUUUAGCGCUAUCUAAUGUUGACUUUGGAGAUUACGGUAUUCUCACAGAAUUUCAAAUGGACUUCAUCUUGAACAGAAUUAAAAACCAUAUAAAGGAAGAUUAUCAGCUCUGUUCAGUCACUAGAGUAGUAAGGCCUCUAGUUUACUCAAUCAACGGGAAAAAUCCACAUGCUUUCUUCGAUAAAUUAACAAAACUUUUAACAUCAGUAGAGACGUAUGUCCAUCCUUCCAACACGGGAUACUGGACCGAUAUUAUUGCCAAAUUUAUCCAUGGAUUUAUUAGGAUGUAUCACGAAAGGUACAUGCACGAAAAGAAGGCAGAUGCUCCUUAUAGGAACGAGUUAAAGUUUACUGAUGAAUGUCAUGAAAUCCUCGUAAACUCAUUCAUUGAUCUUCUACUAGUCGGUUCACAAAGUAAACAAUCAGAGGUUGCUAACUAUUAUAUUUCAAGUUUCGGAUAUUUGUUAGAUAUGAAGCCAAAGAACGCCCAUAAAAUUUGCGAUAAGAUUAUUGUCGAUUUAUACGAUGCCCUUUCUGAUCAAUAUGUUAACUCAGAACAUAGGUUACUCACGUCGUUGAAACAAUUCACAAGAAUUGUAAGGUUCUUAAUCGAAGAUAAACUAUAUCGUGUUCAUAUUACAAACCUUCUUUCCAUACUAAUCGAAAAGAUUGAUCUCAAUAACAUCUCAUUAACUAGUAACUUGAUGAAUAGUAUUGUUUCGAUAUCAUGUUUCAUCCCAAUAGAAGUUUUUGUAAAGGAUGAUGAAUACUUAACAUUUGAAUCCAAUACGAUCCCAUUCAUAGAACAGCAUUUGUACUUCAUCAAGGAAGGUGGAUCAUCAACUGAUUUCCAAUACGAUGAAUCUGUUCUUGAACAGGCCUUUAAAGCAUCCACUACUGUAUUUGAAAACUGUAUGAAGGUAUAUGUCGAUAAAUUAUAUCAAUUAGUGGAUGUGGACCUAGAUCCAGGUUUAAUUUCUAAAAUCAACCAAACAUCUAUGAUUAUGCUUCAGUCUAUGGACAACAAGAUGUUUUACUACGUUUUCGGUUUGCUUGAAAAAUCAUUUUGGGAUAAUGAUUCUUUUAAGGUCAAAAACCCAUUGAUCGAACUAGUUUCUAUUCCUUUGAGUGCAUCAAUUAAAAGAGAUCAUUCUUUGAGUGUUAAGAUAUUUAGGGAUUUGAAUUUCAAUAUCAGAGAGCAAAUAAAGAAUGGAGCAGGUUCUGUCAGAAGUACAACAGAGAUCCAACCUAGAGAUGUCAAACUGGCAACUCUGUUAUCCACGUUGAAUGAUGUCUUAAGAUAUGCACAAGAAUCUCUCUUGACAUUCGCAGAUGAUCUUGUUGACUUGCUUGAAUACAUUUACACCAACGUUACAAAUCCACCUUUAGAUGUGAUAACGGCCAUGCUUUUGCAUCAUACUUUAGAAAGUCUCACUACCACGGAAGUGGUAGAUUAUAGGUUAUUCCAAGAGGAUUGUGAAAUUGAAGAUUCUGAAAAGUGGGGUGGAUUACAGUUUGACAAAAGAAAGUAUGACCCCAAACUACAGCAAUUCAAAUGGCAUCAACCUUCCUCACAGGAAAUUGAUUUUGCUAUGAAAUUAAUCGAACGCUUUUACACCUUUGCAGCUAAGUCUAUGGAAAGUUUGAUGAGUGAUCCGCAGAACAACUUCAACUACGUCGACAAUAUGAAAAAGAAUAUAUUGAUCAUUACGAAUGUUAUUUCUGGUAGUAGUAUAUUAUACGAUGCUGAUUUCAAUCAAAGCAACAAAUCAAUAUCACUCAUGGAUCCAUACAAGAAAAAGUUAUUGCUUUUGCAAAAGAUACGCGAUGAAACGUGUGACAACAACGAGCUAUUAGUAGACAUAGAAAAAGUCAGAGGCGAAACUGGCGACACUGAUAUAGAAAUGACAGAAGCUCAAGGUUCUGAUGCUGAUGAAAACUUUGAUAUAUCAGACGAAUCAACUGGAACCGAAAAUAACAAACUAGUGGAUUAUGAUACGGAACCUUCUGAAGCACCUUCUGGGAUUGCAACGCCAGUUCCUGGGAAUGAUAGAGACUCGAAUUCUUCAAUGAUGAAUUCAUAUAUGGCAUUUAGAGACAUUGAUGUCUUUUCAUACAACUACUUCUUUGGUAAAACACCUUCGGAACGUGCCUUAGAUCCAAGAUAUUCUAAGAUUCAUCAUUUGAGAGAGGAAAUAGGUUUGUUCUUGCAUAAAGUGUUCAAAUUUAUGAACGAGAAUUUUGAGAACUCAACUUCUGUAUUCCAAACAUUAUUACACGGUUUGAAGGUUUGGUUCACAGAUGUAGGCCAGGAGACUAUUUUCAUUGAUGAUCCGAAGGGUGCUAUUUCGAUCGAGUUUUUGGAAAACAUCCAAGAUAUUGCCCACUGGGAAGAACCAUUUUUGCCAUUUACAAGAACUUAUCUAGCUGCUGACUGUCAGGAAUUACAUACUUCCAGACUCACGUUGCAUUCAACUAACAGAAAACCAUCUAAACUUGAAUCAAAACUACUCAAUGAUGUAAUUUCUCUAUCGCUUUCGGUUUAUCCUAAUAUUCAUAGACCAGCGCAGCAAUGUAUGAUCCAUGUUAUGAAGCAAUUGAUUGGAUCAUAUUCCAUAAUCGUAAAGAAAGUUUUUAAUGCAUUUGAAGCUGCUUUGGAAAGCACAGAUGAUGAGGCUCCAAAGAGACUUGAAGUAUUGAUUCAGGUUCUUUCCAUGAAGAAAAUCCAACGUAAAAUGAUGUCAGACUAUAAUAAUCUCGAAAGAAUGAUUAUUCUAUUAUUACGUGCUUCUAAAAUCAAUUCAGAUACUGUUGUUUCUUUAUCUGAUCAGGUAUUAGACAGCGUAUCGGACUUAAUUAAGAUUCCUUCAAAAGUGUGUCUUUUCGAUGAAUCUGCUAUUGACUGUUUAAAGCCCAACGAUGAUACCAUUGGAAAACAAGUAUCUGUUGUUAAGACUGCAAAGGACAGAAAGAGACAAGAGUAUCUACAAAAGCUAGAAACUUUAAAUGCUAACCUCAUUGCGUUCCAAAAGAAGGAUCCUCAAUUGCGUUGGAUCUCCGUGUGUCAGAUUGUUCGUAUUGGCCAAGUCAUACAACAAAAUUUGGAAAUAAAACCUAAUCCAGAUGUUUUAGUUCAAAGUUUCGAGUUAACCAAGACAAAACAUCCUUUAGUGAUUGCUCAUUGUAUUGUGACAAUGUUGAAUGUUUGCAAUAAAAUGAUUUCUUUGGGAAACUACAAUUAUGAUGUUGCUGCAACAUAUCGUUCGGACUACGUGAGAGAAUACGUGAAAUAUUUGGACUCCUCACAACCAAACUUUGAGCAAGAGUUUUUCAAAGAAAUGGACAAUGUCGAGCACCCAAAUUACUUUGUUGACUCAAAGGCGUAUGUUGGCUGGCUAUCUUGGGGUAGACCAGUUGGCGUUGUAAAAACACAGAACCAAAUAAACUUUAAUUUAAGGGAGGAGGAUAUGCAGAUCAUGAAAGAGUUUGGUAAGCUUAUUACAAAGGAGUGGUUAAUGGAACUAUGCCAGAUUUUCAUUCGUUCCAAUGAGGCUCAAAGCAGCUUCAGUACUAAUAGGUUAGGGCUCUUUGGUAUUCUUGUCCAUUUGAUCUCUAACGAGUGUUGCUCAAUGAAGUACGAGGAUAUCCUUGACAUAUGUGAGGAGAUAUAUGAUAAGGAUGACAAAUCUUCACUCAUUGCAUGUAGUGAGAUUGUGUCUGGACUAUUACUGAGCUGCAAAUACACCACAGAUGCGGAUUUAGUGAAGUUCGAAUCAUUUUUGAAGAGGUUCUUAGGGAAAUGGUUGGACAAUAACUACAAUGCAACCACCACCGAUAUAUGGAGCGUGGUUGCAUGGUGGGUUCCAGGCUUCAUUGACUUGAGAAGAUCUCCAGAGAUAUAUCGUAGAUUCUUAACUGUGGAAGGAUUGUUUGAUGUUACAAGUGAAUCGUCGUUGGAGCUUUCUGGUAAGUUGACUGUGAUUACACAGGCUCUUUCCGAUGUCACGUUCAAGAUGGGAUCAGUUCAGCGCAUCAUUGACAAUCUAGUCUUUGACCAUCCUUCGGAUGUUGUCCGCCGUGAAGUCGGAAAAUUGUUUUCGGUUAUAUUCUACGUGAAGGCAUCGGCUCACAAACCGAAUGUCAAAUCGUUACUUGAAUCGGCACAGAAUCAACCACUAGAGGUGAGGGAGGUGCCCGAGUGGCUGAAAGAAAAGGCCAUCAAAAUCUUCGAGGAGAUCGAAACCGAAAGAGAGCUAGUAAAGAACCUUUCAGCUCAGGACAUUUUGAAAACACGAUACAUAUACUUGGCAACGACAAUGUUCUAUUGGACGUCCCAUCUAAUCCAUACCGGUGCCAAGGCAUGUCUAGCCCCCUUUGCGUACAAGUAUUUGGCCCCAUUCUUGAUGAAGCUAGACCGUAUGCGCGAUGUGUGCAAGAUGGUGAACAUCAAGGCGUACAAUGUAUACUUGGAACUCGCAUACAUUCCGAUCCCCAAACACCUGCUACCGGAAAUGAUCUCAAUCCUAGACUUGACAGACCUAACAAGCUCCCAUGAGCUUCGUGUGAACUUGACGUACGCAGAAAAGAUCUUCUCGACCCAGUCGUUGGUGAUGAAGGAGCCGGAACGCGAAAAGAUAUUGGACUUCGUCGUUGACAAGCUAUACUACGAAUCUUCCGUCGAAGUGCGCCAGAAGGCAGCGUUCGUUCUAGCAGGGAUUGUACACAACAUCUCCUAUGACACUGCUACGUUGCAUAUGCUUCUAGAUCACUUCAACAAGAAGCUAGGGUCCUACACUUCUAAGCAGAAGGCAGCGCUUUCCAAAUCAAAUACCGAAAUUCACGGUGCGGUAUUAGGUUUAGGCGCCAUAAUAGAAGCAUUCCCAUACGUAUCCCCGCUUCCAGACUGGGUGCCAGCCAACAUAGCCAUCCUCGCGUCGUGGGCACGUACUAGUGGCAUGUGUGGUGCUGCCGCAAAGAACAUCAUCUCAAGAUACAAGAAAGUGAGAGCCGAUACAUGGCACUUGGACAGAUUCCAGUUCACGUCAGAACAACUAGAAGACAUGGAAGGUGUAUUAUGGAGAAGCUAUUACGCAUGA